CUUUGACCGGUCAGAGAGCUUUUCUCCCCCCGCUGACCCCUGUGCGUCGCCAUGGGCACCGUGUUGUCUCUGUCUCCCAGCUACCGCAAGGCGGCGCUGUUCGAGGACGGCCCCGCCGCGAUGGGCCACUACACGGCGGUCCAGAACAGCAAGAAUGCCAAGGACGCCACCGCGGCGGCGGCGGCUGGGAAAUCCCUCAAACGCCCCUCCAUCAUCAGCGUGUUGCCGUGGAAACGCAUCGUGGCCGUGUCGGCGAAGAGGAAGGGCUCCAAGAAGCUGCAGGCGGACGGCGGGGGCAAAGGCAGCUCUCCGGACGGCCACGCCGUGGUCGCCGUGGACGACUCCGCCUCCGACAGCCGGAGGCUGAAGAAGUCUCAGUCCUGCGCCAACCUAUCGGUGUACUCCUCCAGCCAAGACCCCUCGGGCCCCUCGGGCCCCUCCACCACGACCUCCACCCACCUGCCGACCUCCAAGACCCUGGCGGACGUAGCGACCGCCGGCGCCAAGAAGAAUUCCCUCACGAGUUCUGGGAUCAAACCGACAGCGGCAGCCGGAACGCCCAAACGGGUCAUAGUCCAGGCGUCCACCAGCGAACUGAUGCGCAGCCUGGGCGAGUUCCUGUGCCGCCGCUGCUACCGCCUGAAGCGCCUCUCCCCGACGGACCCGGUGCUGUGGCUGCGCAGCGUGGACCGCUCCCUCCUCCUCCAGGGCUGGCAGGACCAGGGCUUCAUCACUCCGGCCAACGUGGUCUUCCUCUACAUGCUGUGCCGCGACGUGGUCUCCUCCGAGGUGGCGUCGGAGCGCGAGCUGCAGGCCUCGCUGCUCACCUGCCUCUACCUGUCCUACUCCUACAUGGGCAACGAGAUCUCCUACCCGCUGAAGCCCUUCCUGGUGGAGGCGGAGAAGGAGGCCUUCUGGGACCGCUGCCUGGAGAUCAUCGAGCGCAUGAGCGCCAAGAUGCUCCAGAUCAACACCGACCCGCACUUCUUCACCCAGGUGUUCGCCGAGCUGAAGAACGAGAGCAAGAAAGAGGAGGAGAAGACCAAACUCUUCAUAGGCCUCGACCGAUAA